AUGACGGCGCGCGUCUCGACGGCGGCGACGCGGCUCCGGACCGCGUCCUCGCUCUUCCCCGCGCGUCGACCGCCCUUCCGGAUCCUCCUCCUCCUCCUCCUCCUCCUCGCGCGCGCGCGUCGCGCGGUCGCGGAAGCGAACCACGGCGCUUUCGUGCACGGCGUCGCCUCCGGGGACCCGACCUCCGACGCGAUCGUCAUCUGGACGCGCGUGACGCCGACGGGGCGAAACUACCCCGGCGGCGUCGACCCGCCCGACGACAUCACGUUCGACGUGAGAUGGACCGUCGCGACGGCGCCGCCGCGCGGCCCCGCGGACGACGCCGUCGACGCCGCGUCCGCCGAGCGCGACGACGACGGGACGUGGGGGAGCUCCGAGACCGCGGUGGGCGUCGACGCGGACGCCGCGGCGUGGGGGUUCCCGCGCGGGUCGAUCGUCAAGACGGGCACCAUCGCAGGCGUGAGCAACGAGACGGACUGGACCGUGAAGAAGGACGUCUCCGGGCUGUCGCACUCGACGCGGUACUACUACGCGUUCAACAUCGAGCGCGACGGCUUCAGACGCCGCUCCGAGGCUGGCACGUUCACGCUCCCGCCGCCGCCGGGGGAGGGAAACCAGCGGCGGAUAAAGCUCGCGGUGUUCUCGUGCGCCAACUGGGGGUGGGGGCGUUUUCACGCGUACGACGCCGCGGCGCGAGGGUGGGGCGAAUCGUUACAGCUGGACGCGUGGCUGCACCUCGGAGAUUACACGUACGAGUACGGAGACACGCACUACCCGCAGGCGGACGACGCCGUGCGCGAGCGAUUCUUCGCGCUGCGUCCGCGCGGGGAAGCUACCGCGCUGCGAGGCUACCGCGAACGGCACGCGUUGCAUCGCGCGGACGAAGGGCUGAGAGCGUUGCACGCCGCCGCGCCGGUGAUGGCGAUGUGGGACGACCACGACAUCACGAACAACGCCUGGACGGACGGCGGGGAGAACCACCAGCCGGAGACGGACGGCGACUACGUCGCGCGGCGACGCGCGGGGAUUCGCGCCUUCCACGAGUGGCUGCCGACGCGGGAACCGCGCGCGAGAACCGGGGACCCGAAGGACGAUCCGGACGCCAACCUGCGGUACAACCGCGUCGCGCACUUCGGCGACGUCGCGAGCGUCGUGAUGUUAGAGACGCGGCUGCUCGCGAGGACGGACCCGGCGGGGAACCCGGGCGGGAACGUGUUCGCGAACGCGAGCGGGACGAUCGCGCGCUGGGUCGCGAAGAGGGAACGCGCGCCGGCGCGAUGGCGCGGGAGCGAUUUGGAGCGAACGUUUCUGUCGCUGCGCGACGACCUGGACGCGCAUCGCGCGUCGCCGGACCGCGAGAUGCUCGGCGCGGAGCAGAUCGCUUGGAUCGAGAAGACGACGAAGGCGUCGGCCGCGCUCGGCGUGAAGUGGCAGGUGGUCGCGCAAGCGUCGCCGGUGAUGGACAUGAUGUCCCCGGAUUUGGCGAAGGGCGCUGCGGCGUUGGACGAGAACGCGCGCGGCGACGCGCCGCCGCCGCCGCGCGGGCACGCGUCGUGGACCGCGGCGCUGCGGGCGUGGGUGGACUGGAACGGCGACGACGACGACGACGGCGGGGGAAGAACGCCGAACGCGAAGCGCGUCGGCGUCGGCGGGCGAGACGUCCCCGUGGACGCCGCGCGCGGGCUGUUGGCGAUGGGAGAAUACCGCCUUAACUGGAACUUCGACGACUGGCACGGGUACGUCGCCGACCGCGCGAAGCUUCUGCGCGCGGUCGUCCCGCACGCGAACGCGGCGGUGAUUCUCGGCGGGGACUCGCACGACUCCUGGGCCGGGGUCGUGUCCGACGACGCGCGCGAUUGGGAGCGCCCUCAGGGGUCGACGGCGGCGCCGCGACGCGUCGGCGCCGUCGAAUUUGACGGCCCGUCCGUGACCCCGCCCGGGAUGUUCGAGCACGCGCACGCGUGGUGUCCGCGCGCGCUGAUCGACGCCGGGCACUUAUCUAGUAACCCGCACACGCUGCGACACGCGCGGACGGGACAGAGGGGGUUCAUGCUCGUGGACGCCACCGCGGAGGAGUUCGCCGUCGAUUUCGUCCUCACGCCGUCGGUUCGAGACGCGUCGUAUUCGCCGAGGUGCGACGCGUCGUUCGUGGCGAGAAAAGAGAGCGCGGGCGGCGACGGCGGCGGCGGCGGCGGCGACGGGUUAAGACUCGACGCGCGGACGUGUCCAGACCUCCCGGACGCGCUCGCGCGCCUCUCGGACCGCGGCGGAAACGGCGGGGACGACGCGAAGGCGGCGCCCGGCGCCUGGGCGGUGACGUCGCUGUUCGUCGUCGCCGUCGCGUUCGGCGCCGCGGGAGUCGUCGCGGGUCGGCACGCGCCGUGUUUCGAGCGAAGCGACGGCGGCGGCGGCGGCGGCGGCGGCGGCGGCCGAGUCGGCGGGGGCGGACACAGGCGGUCGAGUUCCGCGGUAGACGGGUACGUCUCCUCAAACGGCGGCGGCGGCGGCGAUAGAAAAAUGUCGGCGCGCGAGCGGCGGCGGUACUCCGAGCUCGUCGACGCGGACGUCGCGGACUCGCAGCUGGAGCUCGGGGAGUGGAGGGACGAGCGACGCGGUGGGGGGGGGAGGCACGAGCGCGAGCACUCGCACUGA